AUGCGCCACGUAGCUUUCCAGCUUUUUGCUGUGGCCAUCCUCGUGACGCUGGUCGCGGCAUGGACAAAAGAAGAUCACGAGAUUUUUCAAAUUCGAGACGAAAUCAUAGCCAAGGAAGGCGCCAAUGUGACGUUUUAUGACUUCCUCGAAGUCAAACCAAACGCAAAUCAAGAUGAUAUUAACAAGGCCUACCGCAAGAAAUCGAGGCAGCUUCACCCAGACAAAGUGAAACGAGAAUUUAUCGCAAACAACUCGCGAGCUACUGAUAAGAAGAAGAAGGAGGAUAAGAGCUCCUCAGAACGCCAGAGCGCCAGUCCUAAGAACCAAGCUACUGAUAAGAAGAAAGGGGACAAGUCAGGUGUACCUGUGUCCAAAAACCCCUCAGAACGCCAGGUCGCCAAUACCGGGAAAGAACGUACUGAUAUCAAAACGAAAGGGGACAAGGCAGGUGCAAAAGUGUCCCGCCCCUCGGAGCGCCAAAUCGCCAAUGCCGUGAAAGAAGCAACCGAACGCUCUGCUCGACUAAACGCCGUUGCCAACAUCCUCCGUGGUCCCUUGCGCGAACGAUAUGAUCAUUUUCUGAGGCAUGGAUUCCCCGUGUGGAAGGGCACCGGAUACUAUUACUCUCGAUUCCGCCCUGGUCUGGGAACUGUCUUGCUCGGCCUUUUUGUUGCCUUUGGCGGCGUUGGCCAUUACAUCGCUCUUGUGCUUUCAUACAGACGACAACGGGAUUUUAUGGAAAAGUAUAUUCGUCACGCUAGGAAAGCUGCUUGGGGAGACGAAAGAGCCUUGGGCGGUAUCCCUGGUCUCGAUGCGAAUAUACCAGCCCCCGAAACGGAAGCAGAAGAAUCUCCCGCUGCCAUGGCAUUGAAUCGUCGACAAAAGCGGAUGAUGGAGCGUGAAAAUCGCAAGGAAAGCAAAAAAGGGAAUAAAGCAGCUGGAUCAGGCGAGUCCGCAGCCUCCGGUACAUCUACGCCCGUCACCGAGACUGUUACAUAUGCCUCUGGCAAUAAGAAACGUGUCCAUGCAGAGAACGGAAAGAUUCUGGUUGUCGACUCCAUUGGAAACGUCUUUUUAGAAGAAGAGACGGAAGAUGGCGAGAAGCAGGAGUUCUUACUGGAUGUCAAUGAGAUUCCACGUCCAAGAAUUCAAAACACGAUUAUGUUUCGUUUACCACGUUGGCUGUAUGGUAAGAUCGUUGAUAGUGUUUCUGGAGGGAAGGAUGCAAAGGAGUCUGAAGAAGUCAUUGAAGAAGGCUCAGAGUAUGUAUACAUUGAUGAGGCGGAUAUUCCGGCUGAUAGUGAAGUGAAGGCUUCCACAGGGGCAUCUACCACGACCGCCGCCACAAGAAAGCGUGGUAAGCGUGCUCAGAGGAAAUGA